UUCCCAUACGCACGAAAGAGACACGUCGUAAAACAAUUUACGAGCUGCCAUAUCUAUAAGCAUGACCAUUUGCAGAUUAUUAAAAAUCAUUAAAUCGAAACUAUACGACUGAGAUAUUAAACCCCAGUGGAUUAUAGAACGAUUUCAGUAAAACAACCAUAACCUUGGAUUUUGGUGUUGUGUGUGGGACUUUACUGCGAACAGUCCUCAGAAGUUAGUUGGGUCGUGUAACCGAUUAAGUUCAGUGUAGGCUAUCUGUCCAAAGACAGCGACAUUUUCCGACCUUUGCAGAUCUUCUUUUCCCCCGAAUUUGCGCUCGGUUGACUUUUUAAAUGGCUUGGGUAUGGACAGAUGUCUUUAAUCACCCGUUCUGGGCGUUAUCGACUCUCAUUUUUGGACUCGUCUUACGGUUACAUCGAAGAGGUCCCUGGGACCCGCGCGCCUGUCGUGUACAGCUAAAAGGCAAGACCGCCGUGGUUACAGGAGCAAACACAGGGAUAGGGAAGUUCAUUGCCCUUGACUUUGCUCGGCGCGGAGCUCGUGUCAUCUUGGCGUGCCGGAGUGAGGCACGCGGUAGGGCGGCUCUGCAGGAAAUACAAAAGCUGAGUGGGAAUGCAAACGUACACCUGCGUUUGGUGGACACCUCCUCACUGGCGUCGGUUAGAGCCUUUGCAGAAGGCGUCCUGCGAGAGGAGAAGGAGCUCCAUAUCCUGGUCAACAACGCCGGAGCUUCAGGCCUGCCAAGAGAAAUCACCUCAGAUGGCCUAGAGGUGUCCUUUGCUACCAAUCAUGUGGGUCCUUUCCUCCUCACCAACCUGCUCCUGGACCUGCUAAAGCGAUCAGCGCCGGCUCGAAUUGUCAACGUGUCUUCUGUGAACCACUGGCGGGGCAAAGUUGACUUUUCACACUUCAAGGGUGAGAACCUGAGUUACGGCAUGGACAGCGUGUACAACCAUACCAAGCUGCACAACAUUAUCUGCACUAAUGAGCUGGCGCGAAGGCUUCAAGGCACAGGGGUUGCAGCCAAUUCUGUCCACCCUGGAGUGGUGAUGACAGAAGUAAUGAGACACUAUAAUAUCCUGAUUCGAUUCCUCUUCAAACUGAUUGGUAUAUUCUUCUUCAAGUCUUCUGAAGAAGGGGCCGUCAGCUCCAUCUACUGUGCCGUAGCAGAGGAAACCGAGGGAAUAACAGGAAAGUAUUUUGACAGCGACUGUUCCCUGGUUCUUCCUGCACCACUGGCCAGAGACCAGGCUGUCGCAGUCAAGGACUUUGAGUUCUGCGAGAGAUUAACAUCUAAGCUCUAAUCGAGCAUAAUAAGUUAGAGAAAGAGCCAGAGAGAGAGAGAGAGAGAGUGGGACUAGUUUGCCAAAUCAGGGGCAAAGUACUUUUAAACUCCAUUUACUUGAUUUAUUACAAUGUUGAAAGGCAGGGUCAAAUAUGUUGAUGUACUGUUUUUAGGUUUAUGUGUGUUUGUAGGUGUGUCAUAUGCAGGCAAAUAUAAAACAAACUUCUGUGAUCUAUUAAUUAAUGGAGGGUACACAAUGUACCAUACCAUUCAAAAGUUUGUGGUCACAGAAAUGUCCUUGUUUUGGAAAGAAACGCUUAUUUUUUUAUCAUGAAAAAUACGUCAAAAUGAUCAGAAACACAGUGUAGACAUUGUUAAUAUUGUAGCGUCUGGCAGGGCAGUGUCUCAAACCCUAACCUUUGGCUCCCCAGGCGGGCAGACUACCUACUGCUCCAGAUAGGGAUAUCCCUACCAAGGUCGCUACAAUAUUGUAAAUGACUAUUGGACCGGAAAAUGGCUGAUUUUCAAUGAAAUAUCUACAUAG